UUUCCCCAUAUCUGUUGCUCCUCGCGAAGAGAGAGAGAGAGGAACCCUUAAGCGAGCUUGGACGAAAACCAGUCUCCGGCGGUUCGAUCUGGCACAGUGCGGCGGCUCGGCCGCCAUAUUGCUGGGAAAACCAGUCGGAAACGGCAGUGGUUGGCCAGAUCCGAAGUCCAUCUGGCUGCGGGAGAUUGUUGAACAGGAUCGGAUAAAUUAAUUAAGAGAAUCGGCGAGGGGGGAGCAAGUAGAGAGGAAUUAAAGAGGAUGUACAAGAACCAGCUACAGGAGUUAGCACAAAGGAGCUGCUUCAAUCUCCCGUCUUACACCUGUAUAAGGGAAGGACCGGACCACGCUCCUCGCUUCAAAGCAACUGUCAACUUCAACGGGGAGGUAUUCGAGAGCCCGACCUUCUGUUCUACACUCCGACAGGCCGAACACGCGGCCGCCGAAGUCGCCCUCGCCGCUCUUUCCCAUGGCGGACCAUCCCAUUCCCUUGCAGCUCGAAUCCUGGAUGAGACCGGGGUCUACAAGAAUCUCUUGCAAGAAAUCUCUAGGAGAGUUGGAGCACCAUUGCCAUCUUACACGACUAUCCGUUCUGGUCUGGGACACCAACCAGUCUUCACAUGUAACGUUGAGCUAGCUGGGAUUACUUUCACUGGAGGCCCAGCUAAGAACAAGAAGCAAGCUGAGAAAAAUGCCGCCAUGGCUGCCUGGCAUUUGCUUAAAAAACUGGCAAAGGAAGCAGCAAGCUCAUCCUCGGAACCAGAUAACAAUGAAGAACAGGAUCAAAUCACUAUCGCUCGUGCGCUUCUAAAUUACCACUUGAAGGAGAAGAUGGUAAUGGCGAACAACCCUCAUGCCACCCCUUUUCCAAAGAAGUUUGCUCAAUUAGCUGAGAGGAAACCAACAUAUGUGCAACAAGCUCCUCUCACUGGGUCAAAGAUUUUACCUUUGCUCCAACCCAAAUCUAUAUCAAGGACUGAUGGAGCCACAUUAUUAUCACCAACAACCAUGCUUAACGAAAAUAAACCUCGGCCGCAGAAGUUCCCUGCAGCAGGAGCUCUCCGUUAUGUUCCAGUCAGGAACUAUGGAGUUCCAUUUCAUGCUGUAGCUCAGCCGGUAACAAUAAGAACUGCAGUGCCAGUUUUCUCGGCUCCACCGCUUCCACCACCAUCACAGGCACCACCAUUUGAAAAGGCAUCUCCAGUCAGUGUAAGACCCGUCGUCCCGGUUUUUGCUUCGCCGCCAUCGAAUGUGAUAAAGGAACCGGUAUCUGCAGUCAUGGCUUCAGCAGAAUCUCCCCCACCAACCACUCUUCAAAAGAAGGAAUUUGAACAUACUGCAGCCUUGCAAGAAGUGAAGGAAACUAACGAUAAUGCUGUAGCUUUGCCGGCUCAGGUGAAGGAACUAAGCCUUGACAUUAUGUCCUGUCCUCAGCUGUAGUUCUGAAGGAUGCACAUACGUUGUUGAAUGAAUUGAAGGAGUUAGAGAUCUCAUAAAAAAGGUACUUUUAUGCAAUGUUUCAUUGGGAUGAAUGGAUGCUCAAAAUUCGCAUUUCAUCCUCCUUGCAAACUCUCUUUUUUAUUCUAUUUUAUAUUCUGUUUCCUGGAUUUUGAAGCCAAGUAGUUGAUGUUUUCAUUUUUGUUGAA